UUAAAAUACAUAAUGAAAUACGAAUUAAUAAAAUGAAUAAAAAAUAAAUAAAUAAAAAAAUAUAAAUAAAUAAAAAAUAAUGUAGAAAGAUAAAUAAUGUAUAAUAAUAUGGAUGGAGGAGCAUUGACAUAAUGUUAUUUGACUUUCAUAAAUCGCUGCGGAUGAACUCAUCAUUUCUGCUCGUUCCUUUGUACAGUACCAGAGUCGUUCUGUCGUGUGUCGUUUUUUUUUGUGUGUCCCUGCGAACGCCUGCUAAACUUAAACCAUCUGGCAGCCAGAUGUACCACUACUUCCUCUGUUCCCCUCCGUAGAGACGCGAGUCUCUCGCCUGACUCCACUUCCCAACAUUAGACAGGAGAUAGGGGCACAGACGAGACGAAACUUUUUUUUUUUCUUUUUUUUACUGAAUGCCAAGCUCCACUUUGAGCUCCUGCGAGGGGUGUUUCCCACCGACCGGCCGGGGGUGGGCGACGGGAUUCAAAAGAGGAAGAUUUCUUUUUCGGAUGUGAUGCCAAGUUCUCACACUCCUUUGGACCAUGAUGGAAAAGAAGCAGCAAAGAAAAGGGUCUGGCUCCUCGUCUCACUCCAGCUUGUGGAGCAUGGGUACAACUGCCAGCGCCGCACCACAGCCUGUUUCUGUUACGUCGCCGCUUGAGAGUGUCCAUGGCAACGGGAUGGCCGACAGCAGGCAGUCUCUUAGCAUGAGCCCCUUCCAGACGGUCAACAUCCACAGCAACAAGGCCAAGUCCAUUAUCACCAACAAAGUCGCACCUGUCGUCAUCACAUACAACUGCAGGCAGGAAUUCCAGAUUCACGAUGACAUCCUCAAGACCAACUACAAAGUCGGCCGGAUAUCGGACGCGAUGCCCGAGCACUUCCUGGUGCAGGGGGAGUUCUUCAUGGUCCAGGACGUAUACAGCAAGGCGGACGUCCUCAACACCACGGCGAGCUACGGGGCGCCCAACUUCCGCCAAGUGAAAGGAUCCUACCCUCUAUACGGGAUGGGCCAGCCGAGCCUGAACGGCUUCAAACACGUCCUCCAGAGGCUCCAGGCGCAAGGACACGAGGAGGUUAUAUUCUUCUGUGUAAGAGAGGAGCCGGUGGUUUUCCUGCACAAGGACGACGACUUUGUGCCGUACACUCCCAGGAGGAAGGAAAACCUCCACGAAAACCUCCACGGCCUGCAGAAGGAGGAGAUGGUUGAGGGCCUGGAGCUCACCAUCAGAAAGGAGCUCCAUGACUUUGCCAAGCUCAACGAAAACGUCUUCUACAUCUACAACGACAUCGAGUACUUUAAAGACGAGCCGCAGAAGAUCUCCAUCACGUGCGAGGAGGACAUCCACGUGACCGAGGAGGUCUACAAGAGGCCGAUGUUCACGAUGCCGGCGUACAGGUACUACAGAUUACCACUACCGAUGGAGGGAGCGCCGAUGGAGGAAGACUUCGACGCAUUUGUUAACAUUCUCAGGGAGAGCCCCAGCUUGUCUAUGGGCCACGGUGCGUCCCGGCAGCAGCUGCCCGCUCUGCUCUUCAGCUGCCAGGUGGGCGUUGGCCGCACCAACUUGGCUAUGAUCCUGGGCACGCUGGUCAUGAACCGGCUCAGCGGUGACUCACAGCAGGAACCACAUGUCGAGGAGGCAGCUGCUUCAGAGCCCAGACCACUGUUCCAGGUCAUUCAGUCCCUGAUCAACAAGCUGUCAAACGGGCAGCAGGUCAUGGAGGAGGUCGACCAGGCCAUCAACCUGUGUUCAGAGAUGCACAAUAUAAAAGAAGCAAUAUACGAGAACAAGAGUAAGCUGGAAGGAAUCGGGGAGGAUUAUCAAAUUCAGGGAAGCAGUACCAAAGACUACUUUCUCAGCAGAACUAUGCUGAGCUUGGAGCGCUACUUCUACUUGAUUGUAUUUAAUGCAUACCUUCACGAACAGUACCCGCUUGCCUUUGUUUCGAACUUCAGCCAGUGGAUGUGCAGCCACUCUUGGCUGUACAGGUUACUGGCCUGCAUGGACGUAUCAGAACAGUCAGCCCCGGCCGAGCUGGUCACCAGAGGAGCCCGCGUCCUGGUUGCUGAUGAGUACUUGGCUCCUGACGUUCUCAGCACGGUGAAGGAGAUGAAGGCGGCCAACUUCCGACGAGUGCCCAAGAUGCCCGUUUACGGAAUGGCUCAGCCGACGUCAGAGGCCACCGGAGCCGUUUUGGCCCAUCUGACGGACGAAAAGCGAAAGCACAGCCACGUGCUGUGGGUCAACCUGCAGGAGGAGUUGGUGUUCGAAGGAAAUGGGCAAAUAUUUACACAGAGGGAACCUUCAUGCCUGGACCAGCACAUCCCUGUCCCGUCGUCUGACCCACAGCUGCUAGAGGGACUGGAGACGUCUCUGACGGAGGAGAUCCUGCGAGCCCAGAAGUGGCUGGAGGUGACGCUGGAGCAGGAGAAACAGAUGAAGAUGUUUAAAAGCUGCCAGACGGUUCAGGAGAUGUUCAACCAGCACAAAAGCUCCCACCAGGGCCUCGUGUACAAACGCAUCCCUGUGCCCGACUGCAGCGCGCCCAGGGAGGAGGACUUCGAUAAGCUGCUGGAGGCCAUGAAGGGCACCCUGGCUGAGGACUCCCACUCGGCCUUUGUGUUCAACUGCUCCAACGGCAAAGGCAGGACCACAACCGCCAUGGUCAUCUCCGUUCUGACUCUGUGGCACUUUAACGGCUUUCCAGAGUUUGCCGAUGACGAGAUUGUGAGCGUUCCUGAUGCCAAGUACACAAAAGGAGAAUUCGAGGUCGUGAUGCAGCUGGUCCGUCUGCUCCCCGACGGCCACAGGAUGAAGAGGGAGGUGGACAUGGCCCUGGACUCCGUCAGCGAGACCAUGACCCCCAUGCACUACCAUCUGAGGGAGAUCAUCAUCUGCACGUACAGACAGAUCAAAAGCGGUAAGACGGAGAAGGAGUGUCAGCAGCUGCUUCUGAGGAGCCUGCAGUACCUGGAGCGCUACAUUUACCUCAUCCUCUUCAACACAUACCUGCAUCUGGAGAAGAAGGACUCCUGGCAGCGCUCCUUCACUCUCUGGAUGGAGCAGGUGGCUGCCAGAGCUGGAGUUUAUGACAUCCUCAACCAGCUGGGCUUCUCCGAGUUUGAGAACCCGAGGGACACGCCACUGGCCAGACUGCGCUGCCGCUGGCAACGGCAGAACAUUCAGUCACUUCCUUUCCGGGGGGAGUUCAUCUGAGAGAGGAUCGCUGUGAAUGCACCACAACAGUACUGUGCUUUUCCCAAUAAAAGACAGCCACAGUAACACCUUGUAACGCCUUCUAUAUUUUACCCCUGUAUCAUGUAUAUCACCUUCUCCUUCGUCUGUUGUGUUUUUUUUCUGGCAUUGUUAACAUUUUGUAGCUGUUUAAAUUUAGUUUCCUCAAAAUGUUGCUCCCGUAUGAGGCAUUUGCAUUUUUCAUUAACGUUGGACAUAGGAUUUUCUCAUUUGUGCACAUUACGUCUGACUUUUUUCUAAUUUUCUCACUUGCCUUUUAAAACGUGGAAGAAGAUGCGAGAUAAUUGUUGUGGAGGAGAGAAUCGGACUCCACUUUAACCUCCGCGGUCGGCUAAAAGGUUUUGGCUGCGCGCUGUGACCGUUUGUGACCUGAUGUUUUGCUUUCAGUCCUGACCUUUUAUUUGCUUCAUACGUUGGGACGUUUUCUUUUCUUUUUUUUUUUUUUUGUACAUACGAAAGCUGUUUUUAUUUAAUUGAACUCACCAGAGGGGCGUUUUGCACGAGAUGUUUCUUUUUUUCGCUUAAAGUAAAACACCAGUAACGUGUCCUCUCUGUUGUACCUGUUGUUCGUUUUUUUUUUGUUUGUUUUUUUUAACAUUUAAUUACAUGUGUCAUGAUACAGGUACUAACAUGUCAGGAAUUUGUAUGUUAGUCUUUAGUUUGGAGCUGUUUGUGUCUUUGCAUGAAAAAGGUAACGUGUGGCGAAGCUGCAAUGUCUUGCAACUCUUCCACUUCUGCAGAAAUACACGCGCGUAUCACCACAAGUGUCAGAUUUAGCCUCGAGCUACGGACCUCAAGCAGAUAUGAGGAAGUCGUCCGUCUCAAGUAAACAGACCUUGAUGUGUUGGAUCGGGGUGGUUUCCCUUUUUUUUUAUUAUCAGUGCAGAAUUGCAGGCUGUUAAAUUUAUGGUUGGAAACAGUCAGGCCUGCACACACUUGGUGUAAAGACAAAGAGGAGGAUUAAAUACACCCUGACAAAGUUGGUGGCAUCAGCGUGAAGAAACAACAAUAAAAACAAUAAGUGAUAAUUUUAUCGUCAUCCAAACGGGACAAUGGUUAGUUCACUGUUUCCGCUGAAUGCCUGAAAGUUACUUUGCAGAAUAACUUUUGCUGUAUAGUAUUUCUUUUUUUUUAUUAUUAUUAUUGUUUCGGAGUUUCUCUCUCAUUUGCUAAUAUUUGUUUAGCUGCGACUCAAAAGUGUUCUUUAACGAUAAAUCCUGCCUUAAAACCAGUAAAAUAAGCCAGACAAAAUUUUUUAAAAAAUGAACAAAUCCUCCAGACGUCCUUCGUUUCUAUCUGUUCCUUUGUCUCUGUGCUCCAAAAAAUGUGUACAUGUACAUGUGCAGGUUUUAAUAACACCCUUAUGUCUUGGCUAUGCUCUUAAUUUAAUGUUUUUUGUUGUUUUUUUUUUAACAGCCACUCCUUUUAGAGGACAUGUAUUAUCUUUUAUUCACUGUACGUGCCAUCGUUUUGUUUUGGAGGAUGAAAUAAAUAAUUCAAAUAAAUAAACCA